GCCAGGACCAAAUGUAAACAUCCAAGAUGGAGGAAGAUGUGAGAAACUUGGUGCCAACUUUCGGAGAAAAGGCACGAGCCCUGCUCGUUGCCGAGAAGUUAAGGGAGACCAUGCACCAGGGAAAACCAGUCCUGAUCAAGAACCGCAACUACCACCUGAGGACCUACAACAACUGCUUCGUGGGGUCAGAGGUUGUGGACUGGCUGCUACGGCAGGGGGAGGUGCCUGAUCGGAACACAGCGGUGCAGUGUAUGCGCAAACUUCAGAGCUUUAACAUCAUUCACCAUGUAUGUGAUGACCACUUGUUCAAGGAUGCCAUGUUGUUUUAUCGCUUCCGGAAGGACGACGGCACCUUUCCUAUGGACAAGGACUCUUCUAUCUUGUUCCGAGGAAAGAUGAUGUAUCACAGUCUGAAGACGUCCAAAGGCCAGUCUGUACUCGGGGUGAAGACUCACAACAACCUGCAGUACCUGGACGCCUUCCUAGGGGUGGACAUGCUGACCUGGCUGGUGAAGGAGAAGGAGGUGCAGAGUAGGCACGAAGCUGUGUCUAUAUGCAGGGAAAUGUUGGAGAGGAACAUUAUCAGGCAUGUAAGCGACGACCACCACUUCAAAGACGGGCAGUACCUGUACCAGUUCAAACAGGAUUUCACCAGACAGUACCGGCUGUCGGAGGUGCUGACUCCGGUGGAACCCAUCCUCCCGCGCUCCCCCUCCCGCCGAGGCAGCGUGAGCAGCGAGAGAACAAACUCCACCUCGUCUGUGGGUACACCAAAGAAAGCCUCUUUUUUCAUUGGUGCUGAUGAGGAUGAGAGUAAAGAGAGAUCAGGGUCCUUUGGAAGCCCCGGUGCUGGCAAUUCAUCUGUUCUGCUGCGACCAGUGACUUUAGAUGAGCUGAGGAACAACCAGGGGAGGUACACUCAGAAACACAUCAGGAUUGUGAGUGAUGCUGUAGGUUAUGGGAUGGUGGUGAGAGGGAACGGCCCAACCUACAUCCAGACAGUGGACCCGGGUGGUCCCGCUGCUGCAGCUGGCAUCAAGGUGCGUCAGUUUGUGAAGGCUGUGAAUGGGACAGAUGUGCUGGAGUUGGGCCACCAGGAAGUCGCCAAGUACAUCCUGGCAAACCAAGAUGUCUGCAACCUGGUGGUUCUACAACAUGGCAGAAUGCUGUGAUUGGGAUGUUUGGUACAACUUCUGCGUAGCAUCGCCACCUGUAUUACCAUGAUGGUACUGCAGCAUAAUGGUGUACUGUGCACUUGUGCCACCAACAUUUCGGCAUGAAUCUGAAUCAGUACACUAUUUGAUUAUUACAUGAUGCUAUGUUCUCUGUCAAAGAAUUAUUGCCAAGCCAGCAAGGUAUGUUCAGCAUAUUGCUAUGUGGAUCAGAUUCCAUUACUUCAAACAUAUGUUAGGAUUCUGCUUUCAGUUCACAUGUUUUGCUUUUAUGUUGCCCCUAGAGUGUGGAAAGGAAAUACAUGUGUACAUGUAUUGGCCCUCAGGUGGAUAACAUGUAUACUUUGAUGACACCUUUGCUGAAGAAUUCAAAGCAAGAGUUGUAAAAUGUGCAACAAGCUAGCUAACUCAGGCAAGGGCAGUGUGUGAGGAGAUAUCCUUUAGAGUUUAGUAUUUUUAAACCAAUCAGUUUAGGUACAUGACUACAAUGCACUACUAAUUGUACAAGCAAUGUUUUAAACCUAGAACAGCAAAUAUUAGCUAGUAAGAAAAAUCCAAAGAGAUGAACACACUGCCAACAAGUGAUAACUACAUAUGUAACAGUGGUGUUGGAACUAUUCUAGUAAUUUUAAUUUUUUCAGUAACUACGUAGUAGACUAAUAUCAAUGUCAUAAUGGAAUAGAAAUGUGUUCUCAGUCUCUGUAUGUUACCUUAAUCCAUUUGGGUAUCAUACAGCCAUGUGCCAGACUAUAGAUUAGUUUUUGUCCAUAACAUACUCUGUAGGUAGUAUAUGGAGUAAUGAUAUGCACUAAGAUUUUAUGGUACUCAAAUGAAGUAUUUUAAUGAAAAUAUGAUCAGCAAAGUGCAAUUCAUAUUGUAGCAAUAGCGUACGUGCCACCUUACAGCAUUGCAAGAAUGAAAUUAGAUUUCAAUAAGAUAAACAGCUGAUGAGGUGCAUGUAUUUCUAAAAUUACAAAUACAUGUAGUGUAUUUGCGGCAUAAGAAUGUGGAAAUGAUUGCAUGUAAUGUGCAUUACCUUCUAUUACUCCAAGGGUGUGCUCUAGAAUCUUUUAGAUGUCAAGAAUCUUUU